AUGCCUCCCAUCAUCUUCAAAGACGACGACUUUCACGGCCACGACCAUCAACAAGAUGACCCCAUGGUCAUCACCGUUGAAAUCAAAAACUACGCCGUUAAGAAAGUCCUUGUCGACCAGGGCAGCUACGUUGACAUUCUCUACUGGGCCACCUACCAAAAACUCCAACUCCUGGACACUGCUAUGGUCCCAUAUGACGAACCAAUCUAUGGCUUUUCUGGCGAACAAGUAUCCACCCACGGCUACAUCGACCUUUACACCGUGUUUCGUGAGGGAACCCAAACCAAAACCAUCCCAAUCCGCUUUCUUAUCGUCGACGCACCAACAUCCUAUAAUGUCCUUCUGGGUCGUCCUUCCCUCAACACCCUGGGCGCUGUUGUCUCCAUCCCCCACUUGGCCAUGAAAUUCCCAUCCCCUUCUGGUGACAUCCUCACCGUCCACUGCGACCAACGCCUUGCACGCGAAUGCUACAUGGCCAGCCUGCGCCCACAACUCCCCAUCCAACAAACCAACCACAUUAAGCGACCACCUGACUCCGACAUCGCCCUAUCAAGCGAGGAUCUAGACCCCAGAGUUGGUCGGGAUGUCCGUCUCGAACCUGUUGAGGAGACCUCCCCUCUAGAGCUCCCCAAUGGCCACUCCAUCAACUUAGGCACUGUUUUUGAAUUCUGA